GCACUGAACUCGCAUUCAAAUGUUAGAGUACGUUAUGCCAGUAAGAUGUGUAAAAAUGCAUUUUACGCGAUGAAAAUGUGCGGCCUGCUAGUAAAAUUGUGCUUUUUUUAACGUCUUUUUAAACGUAGCGGCUCUGAACGCAGUGUUUGUAAGAUAAAACUGCAUACGGUUUAGCGAAUAAGUGCUUAUGGCUACACAGCAGAAGUAAAUCUCAGUGUGUCCGAGCAUGGCAGACUCACCUGAAUUUAACAAUUGGCUAAGGCAACUCGAAUGUCCACAAGCAUUUACCACUGAUUAUGUCAAAAAAACACUUGAAAAAGGUGUAUUAGGAUUGUUAUGGGAAGACUUACCCAGAAUUGUCAGACCAUUACAAGAGGUUUCAGAAGCAAGGAAGAAUAUUUUAUUGUACAAAAUAAAGAAUGAGCCCAAAGAUUGGUUGAUUCAAAGUGUAAAAAACAACAUUCAUAUUAAAGAAGAAAGGAAAAAGCUUGAUACCAAAAUUAGAAAUGCAGAAGAAAGGUGGAGAAAGCAAGAAUACUCAUGUCGUCAAAAAGCACAUUUGUUGGAGAAAAAAAAAGAGGAGAGGCGCAACUUACAACUGAAGAAAGAGAUUCUUAAAAUAAAACUCGAACAGAUGCAAAUGCAAAUAGAAAACUGUUCUAAAAUGCAAGAAAUCUGCAAUCACUUAAUGCCUCCCACUGUGGAUGAAAUACCUCAAUCAACAAUAAUUGAUUGUCUCUCUCUUGUUAGCAAUUAUUCUGGUGGACCAGAAAAAAGAAAAGUAUGGAGUACAAUAGCAGAGUCUCUUAAUCCUGUCAAAAUACCAAUACUAUGGAAUGCUUUAUUGGCUGCAAGAUCUCACUAUACAGAUUUUAUCAUUCAUUUAGACAUUGAACAAACUGAAGAUGAUUCAAGUCAAAGCAGAGGUAUUAUAGAUACUGGCAUUGCAAAGAUUUGCAGUGAACACAUUGACAGCGUAGCCAAACGUUUUUUACGCAAUGGAAGAAUGAGGAAUAAUGAGUUGACAACCAUGGAAUAUGUCGAAAAAAUUGAACAAAUAAUCGAAGAACAGCGCCCAGAGUUAACUGAUUGGUUGCCAUUGGCGUUAGAAGUUAAAAAAUUAGAAGUUUUGCAGUUUGAAUUUCAAAAAGAAAUGCAGGCACUUGAAGAACACUUACCAGUAGACAGCAUCAGUGUGGACGAAGUUUUGAUGCAAUUGAUUGCAGAAAUAAAGACUAUUGAUAGCCAAAUAGCUGACCGUGUCCAAGAAAUCCAAAAUGCCUUUGGACUUUUAAAGUCAUCUGGAGCAUUGAUCACAAAAACGAAAGAAUCUCUAGUUAAUGAACUUGAAAAACUUCAGUUGCUUCAAACAAACGAAGAAAGCCAAUGGCUUGAUAUCGAAUUAAACACCGAGUUGAUCGACUUCUAUAACAAUAUCAACGUCGAUGCGUUAAGAAAGAUUAUGCUCAAAGGAGAAACUGGUGCAUACAAGCAGUUACGAACGUGUUUUGCUAAAGCUUCGUUAACCGUAGAUGCACCAAUCUGUGGUGACAAAGUAUCGAACUUUCCGAUGUUGCGAGUGCCUGUUUUUUAUCUGAUAGACUUGUACAAGACGUUCAUAAUCAAUGCGUCGUUAAAUAAACGAAUGAGUGAAGAAGUUUGGGACAUAAACGAAGACUUUCCAGAAUCUCCGUUGGAUUCUCCAACUAAGGUUGCCUUUCCACAUCGUGGUAUACUUGACUUAUUGAGAUUAACUGAUUCUGCCUGCCAGAAAGCUCAACAACAUAGUGUGGAAUUUGAGCAAAUCUUAAAGACUUGGUCCAACCAAACUGUGCGUGAGGUAGUCUCCAAGAUAUUCUGCGACAAGACUGUUUAUGGAGCUACUUUGGAUGAAUGGCAAAAGCGAUUUUCUAUGAUCGUUUACGUUUUGCAAAAAUCGAAUAUCAAUGCUGCGUAACAUAGUUGCAUAGCAUUAUUAAUUCUCGCCUCGAAUAUCGAACUAAUUAUAAGAAAUUAUUUAAUUCUGUAUUACAUGUAUAUAUGUGGUCCACAAACUAUUGUUACAGAGAUUUUUUAGUAACUUUUUUACAAUAAAAAUUUUGAUUAUUAUUAAUAUAAUCAGCAUAUUUAUCAAAACCUUUUGUCCAUAGUAACUGCAAAAUAUGAUCCCAUUUUAUACACGUUUAUUGCAUACUCUUAUUAUAUAAAAGAUCGUUGGCUAUACAUGUGUGCAAACUAUACUAUAUACUGGUAAAAAAUUGAAUACAAAGUCAUACUUUUCAUAGUCGCGAACAUUCAUUCCCAAAGUUCAUCUGCAAUUUUGCAGUACAUUAGUAUUAUACGCAUUUUUACAUUAUACAAAAAAAUAUGUAAAUAUAUAGUAUAGUUAAGUCUUAUAUAUAAAAAUAAUUAUUAUUGCCGAAAUUCCUAUCACGCUCCUUUGAUGAGAAAAAGUACAUCUUACGGCAUGUUCAAGAACUGUUAGUUAUUGUGGUGUAUUUUAUUUAGUAUAAUAUACGGUCGUAGACUUGAAUACAUAUUAGCGAAAAUUAGAGUUUUACAAUAAACUAUUUUUGUUUUAAAUGCAGUCGCAGCAUUCUUUGCGCCUAAUAUUUAUUUCGUAAUC